UCUCGCCGCCUAGCGCAGCAAACUUUAAGAGAAGCCUGUGGGGUGUACGUGGGGAUCCGAUCCCCGCUGCUGCGCCUCACGUUGCAGCUGCUAGAGGCGAACACACAGCAGCUGCAGGAUACACCUACACAGCAGCAGCAGCUGCAGCAGCAUGAACAGCAGCAGCAGGCUGUCUCCCCCAUGUCUAACAACAGCAGCAGCCCAUCGGAUACAGCAGCAGCAAGUGCUGUCUCCUCGUCUGUAGAAGGGACCCCUCAUUCUCCCUCUGCACCGACCCCCACCAACAGCAGCAGCAACAACAACAGAAGCAGCAACAGCAGCAGCAGCAGCAGCAGCAGCAGCAGCAUGGCAGCAGCGCUGCAGCACGCUCGUCUGACGGGUGCUGCUCACAUAUUAAAUUCACCUUCGAUGCUGCGGCGUCUCUUCAUUGAUCUGCGAAGUUUGGCGCAGUGCUGCAGGUGUCUCCUUUCUGUUUUGCUGCUGCGGUUAGAGACAAACUCGCUGCAGCAGAGAUGGUUUGCUGUAGCAAAUGCUAUUCUUGCCAAUAGAGAGGCCCUCAACAGACACAGUCCUUUAUUCCGAGAAGAAAUCAUUGAGGGCCUAGUGAAUCCUACUCUGAAGCGUUUGCUGUGCAAGGAGAGGGUGUCUCCUUCUGUCUCCGGAGGCGUGCACUGGCGUUACUCUUUAGUUGGGGGCUCAUUUGCUGUUGUCUUUAAUUCGCCUCCUGCUGCUGCUUCGCUGCCGCUGCUGUGGAGGUGGCUUGUUGCUGCUGCAGCAGAUCCGCUAGAACCCCCAGUUGUUGCUGCUGUUGCUGCCUUCGGGCUCAUGCAGCUGCUGCAUUACCUCAGCAAACAUCAAGCUCUCAUCCCCACCGAUAUGUUAGCUACGCUGCACUCCCCACAGACACUGCAGCGCCUGCUGCAGCGGCAGGUGUCUAUACACCAUGAGAACAUUAGGGGCGUGCAGGGGGGCUACGGGUGCAGCAGCAGCAGCAGCAGCAGAGCAGCAGCAGACAACAGCUUCCUUCUUGUUGCUGCAGUUGUUAAACUAUUUAAGACUUGGCCGCAGCAGCCUUCCCCCCGUCUCUCUCGUCUGCUGUCUCUUCAUAAUAUGCUUUUUACUAAGACCCUUCUAACCUUCUUAUAUAGAACACAGCACAUAUACAAGCAGCAGCAGCAGCAGCAGCAGAUGGAGGUGGAUGCUGGACCAGCAGGAACAGCAGUAGGAACAGCAGCAGCAACAGCAGCACCUGCUGCUGCUGGAUCAUUCAGCGAGCUGCUGCAGCAGGGAUUGUCUCCUGUACUUGAAGAGUUGUUUGAUGCUCCCAGCACAGAAUUAGAUAAACAUAUUACGGCUAUUGAAGUUGCUGCUGCUGCUGCAGCAGCAGCAGCAAAGUGGCAGGAUGCCGCAUGCAGAAACACCUUGUGGGAGAUCCUCUGUCCUCUCAUGUCUAAGAGCUUCCCUCAGUUGGAUGAUGAGAGAUUAGCUGCCUGGGCCGAUGGUUUGCGGUUUGCAUUAUGCCCCUCACCUACGCCUCUGCUGCUGCAGCAGCAGCAGCAGCAGCAGCAGCAGCAAGGACGGGAGCGGCUGAGGGGAGCAGCAGCAGCAGAAGCAGCAAGGUCUAGGCUGAGGCCCUUCAUGAAUUUCUUUAUUGAUGCUGAGAAGGCAGCAACACCGCAGGAGACACUGCUGUGUGUGCCUACGGGAGACUUAGGGCAGGCUUCUUCUGGGGCCUUAACUCGGCAGCUGCGGCUGUACUACGCGUUGGUGCUGGUGCGGGAGGAGGUAGCGCGGCUUGUCGUUGCUUCGGUGAUUGGCUUCAACAGAGACGAGCUGCUGCAGCAAGAGACAGACAGGAGACGCUGGCUUGCUGCAGAGACACCAGAAGCAGCAGCAGCAGCAGCUGCUGCUGCUGCAGCGGCUGCUGCUGCUGCGGGUUGCAGCUGCGGAUGCGACCCCACUGCUGCUGCGCAGCAGCUUAGGGUGUACAUGCAGCAGCAGGCAGCAUUGGCCUUGAGCCCCCUAGCAAAGGGGGAGUCUCCUACUGCAGCAGAGCGGGAAGCAGGGAAGAGCAGGUCUCCAUUUUUAUGUGUUUGUUUGACGGCUUUAAGCUGCAUCGCGGGCUUAGCAGCAAAACGAGAUGCAGAGACACUCUCUUCCUUGGGCGCUGCAGCAAAGCGUUCGUUUGAGGUGUACAGACACCUCACAGCAGCAGCCCCCGCUGACCAGCAGCAGCAGCAGGAACAAGAGGGAGUGCUGCUGUCGCUGCUACUCGCAGCAAGCAAACACCCAGACUGCGAUCUCAGCAGCAGCGGGAUUAUUGCUGCUCAAAUCUGCUGCCUUGCAACGCAGCAGCAGCAGCUGCUCACAGAUGUGCUGCUGCGCUACAACCCCCUCCAGCAGCAGCUGCUGCUGCUACAGCAGCAGCAGCAUAAACAGAUUCGCAAGCCUUUGCUGCUGCAGCUAAGAGACUUUGUCUCUUCUCUUGUCUCCUUUAUGAGGCAUCCGUCAUGGAAGGUUCGAGCCCUCAUCUUAUCGCUGUUAGAGGUUUUACUCUCGCGUAUUUUUAUGUCUUGCGGGGCCUGCAAUAUGCGGGGGGCGACAGCAGAAGCAUAA